CUGCCUCUAUCGGGCGGCGUUCUAUUAACGCGGAUGUGUUGCUUACGGAGUUAUUUCGUAAGGCGAUAGAGACAAGCAGCCCCUCUGCGACGAAGUUUCGCCACCCUCGAGUCCAGUCCUAUUAGGAAACCUGAGGUUGAAGGGCCGGACCCUAUCAAGGCACUCGUAGCAGAGACUGCGCACCCAGUGAAUCAGGCGGAGAAGAUCAUGGAGGGAGACUCCCCUCGGGUCAAACUGCCAGCCCCAUCGACGCCUCCGAUGAAGAGCUCGCCUAACCCUACACACCAGUCCCCAACAGCGCGGAUGGAAGUUAGACGGCAGAAUUACAAACCCCCUGGUGCGCGGACGCAAGAAUACCACACUUUACGCCAGAGUCGCAUGCCCGCAGCAGCAUGGACGGAAGAAUAUUCCACUGCAUACCAGAGUUACUUGGCCCCAGCAGCACGGACGACAGAAGAUAAUACUAUACCCCAGAACUACAAGCCUGCUCAUCAGCGCCUUGAUGAAAACAACUACAACGCGAUAACUACGCAGAAGUCGCCUAUCUACCAGGGUUCCUCACUGAAUAGGCAUUCGAACCCUUGCACGCCGCUUUCUCCGCGCGCCAUUGAGUUGCUGGAAAGAAGUGAACGGAUUCGUCAUUUAGAACGACUUCUUGCAAGAGAGCGUGAUCUUCCGAUCAACAUCACCGGGCUUACUGUACCGUCACCCAAGCCGGCCCAGAUGCUGCAGCCCAUCGGACCGUGGCUCGCUUCUGAGGAAAAGGCGUUCCACGAGCGCGGCGCGAUCAAUCCCGGUACUAACGCCAAUCAGUCUUUGGAUCUCGUGGGCGUAAUGCAGGCGAUGGGCUUGGACAUCUCUUCGAGGAAAGAUGCUUUGACUGCGCUCGGAAAUGGCCGUCCAAGCAUGGUAGAGCACAACAGCUUCGAUGGCGUGCGAAGACAGUCAGGUAUUGUGUCGAUGGGGGACACCAUCGUGCGUAAUGACUUGGCACGCGUGGUUCAUUCACAGGGCUUGAGGUCGCCCCGCGGCGGCGGAGGAUAUAGGAGUGUUAGCGGUCAGUCAGUGGGACGGGCUAUACAUAGACAGAUGUGACGACGAAGGUCCCAGUUACGUUGAUAUCUCUGAUUGACGCUUAUACUGGCCCGUGCACAUGAUGUCAUGAGGGAAAAUUUGCUUG